AAGAUUUUGGGUGACAGACAGCAAUAAUAUUGGCAACGUGGGGCUGUUGAGAGCCAUUUGUUCUACGAAAACCUGAACACAAAAGAAAUCAGCUAAAGCAUUAUCUAUCCAGUGCCAUUAUUCAACAUAAAAAAUAAUAACAAUCAAGGAGAGUUAGCUGAGAGGGAGAAGGAAAAAGCAUGGCAAUGACAACAAGUAGUAGAUGCUUGAGUGUGAAUCUGAAAGAAACAAGAUUCAAUUCCCAUGUUCCUCUGCCACCUUCUCAGCACUCCCUCAUCCCUAUUUUCCACAACAACAUUCAUCCCUCACCCGUGCUUCGCACCCGCUUCCAUCUCACGGUGGUGGUGCCCAAAGCUUCAGCCGGAAGCUACAGCUCCACCGAUGACGAUGACGGAGUUUCUCUCGGCACCAUGAAACUGCCGGUUAACAUAGACCUUCAGAGACUCGAUUCCCUCUUAUUUCAGUGGGCGAACAGUCUUGCACAGGGAGCCAGUCUACCACUUCCCAUGCCUCUCAAGGUGGACAAAAUAGCCGGUGGAGCAAGGUUGGGAUUUAUAACCAUUGGAGACGGGGACACAGAAGUUCUUGUGUAUAUUGACUGUUUGGUUUUUAAACCCAAUGAAAGUUCUGCUCCGAUUUUUCGUGCAUCCAGACAUGGAGUCUUAAAAGAUAAGGUGCCACCGGGUGAGCCCAGAAUCAUGAGGAGCCUUAUGCAAGCUCUUCAGAAGUCGGUUCAAAUCGCAACACUGUGAAAUUUGUUUUUACUCUUCUUCUCCCAUACUUGUAGGAUUUUGAGCUGAAAAGUGUAAACUAUCCGAAAUGAAGUAUAAAUUUGAUGCAAAUAUAUUUACUUCAAGAGAGUCAUGAAUGAUUGUACAUAUUUCUUUUACUACUGUGUACUAGAGAAAUUCUGUAGACGUGUGUGCAAAUCCUACUUAUCGAUUUGAACCAUCUAUAGAAACUGCUUUCAUUAGUUGAUUUCAACACUGCUUUCUUAAUAACAUUACUUUACACUAA